AUGGAGACUGGGAAGGAGGAUUCUUUAUCUCCUAUCCAACAGAAUGGAAGGGGCAGUUUUCAGGGAUCCAAUGCCCCCAGAAAACGCUACGUCAAAUUUAACUCUCUGUUGAGAAGGCGGGGUCCCUCAAAAAGCCAUCUCACGCAGAAACAACAUCCUAUAAAGUGUAUUACUACGUCUUCUGCCAGCUCGGAUACUUCACGCACAUUGGAUUGGGCUCAAACUUUCAUUUUAAGGGGGAAAAGUCUGUUGAAGUCCGUUCAUGAAGAAGAUCUUAGGUUCCGGGAAAAUUUGGACAAAAGUAGGGCAAAAGCUCAGAUACGCGAAACUUACGUUAACACGCUCUUGGAAGAACCUGAACCUCUUGAUGAUUUUGUGGCUUCCUCAAAUGCCGAUGAAAUGAGUACGACAGGCUCCCCACGCUAUGGCACCGAUACGUCAUUCAAAAACUUCGACGAUACAAUGAACAAUAGUCUCGCAUUCACAGACCUUGCUACAUCUCGAAGGGAAUCCGAAAGUUUGGAAGAGGAGUCGGCAGAGAGUGAGCUUGAAGAAGCUUUCUCAAGUGGGGACAGUUCUGUCGAGGUUGAAUCGAAGGGUGAUGAUCGUAAUGAGAGUGACGAUGGCUACGACGAUGGCCAGGUCAUUCUACUCAGCGAUGAUGAGGGUGAUAUAAAGUCACCUUCCUUUCUUCCUACUAAGUUGGUUACAGCAGGCAUGAAUGAAAGUGACAGUGAUCGACAUUAUGAUUAUUCGGGCAAUAAUAAUGCUAUGAACUUUGACGCUACUGACGAACAAACAGGAGAUGGUAAAGAUAUGGAGAGUAUAGAAAGUGGAGAAGAAUGUAGUUCUGAGGGAAAAAGUUACGAUUUUGAAGAUUCUAUCGAGAAUGAAAACUUCGCGGAAGGUGAAAGUGAAGACCCGGCCGAAAUCGAGGUUGUUGCUGAAAGUGAGGACUUAGCUGAAAGUGAGGACUUAGCUGAAAGUGAGGACUUAGCUGAAAGUGAGGACUUAGCUGAAAGUGAGGACUUAGCUGAAAGUGAGGACUUAGCUGAAAGUGAGGACUUAGCUGAAAGUGAGGGCUUAGCUGAAAGUGGGGACUUAGCUGAAAGUGAGGACUUAGCUGAAAGUGGGGACUUAGCUGAAAGUGGGGACUUAGCUGAAAUUGGUGCUAAUAGCGAAGACAUCUCCGAAAGCGAAGUCCUCGAUGACAAUAGGGACAUAGCCAAACGUGGGCGUGCUGCUGAGAGUGACGACGAAGAUAAAAUUGAAAAUACAUUCGAGAGUGAUGAGGUACGCAAUGGAGCAAUAGACAAUCAGCAAGAGAUCAACCGGGCUUGUGAAGAAAUAAGGUCAGGUGGUAUUCGCCGUAAUACUCGCGCUUUUGAAGAAGAAGGGAUUCGUGGACAAAUUGAUCUUGCUAGUAGCGAUCAUCCUGGUAGCCUUGAAAUGACUGGUGAGGCAACUGGCGAGGCAACUGGCGGGCAUAAUACUCAAGGUUAUGAAAUUUUUCCUGUGCAGGAAGAAACAGCAGACAUUGACGGUGAACUAAGAGCGCGAGAUAAGGUCGCUAACCAAAGUGCUGAAGCUCAUGUUAUGAAAGGAGUGUGUGGACCUUCUGUGUCAAAUAAUUCCAAAGAUGGUCGUCAACCAUCGAGCGAUGACGAAGUUGGCGAUCAUAUCAAUCUACAAACUAUCGCGCAAAGAGCUGUCCUUAAUUUAACAGACUUACAGCCCUUGGAACUAAGGAAUGAUGCCAUCAAAAGUUGCUCUUCUCUGUCUCCCAGAGACGUCGAAGAGUUAUAUGAAUCUAAUGAAGAGAGGUGCUACGAUCAAGUGGUUUCUGAGGGAGACAAACUUGAAUAUGCCCGCGCUUCCAAAGAGUUCAUGAAGGAGCAUUGUGUACAAAAGGCAGAGGGCUCUUCAGGAGUUAUAGCAGAUAAAGAGCGCACUUCGGACCAAGAUAAUUUAUCAUUCAGCGAUGAGCGGAGCAACUCUGGAGCAGCUUUGCACCAUCCAGAUGAUUCCGUUGAAGAGAAUUUUCAAGCUAGCGGUGAACCUAUUGAGCCAGAAGAACAUAAUCCCACUGCUAAUGAAAAUGCAUCCCAAGAAUUGAAUGGGGUUAACUUGAGUGCCAAGGAGGCUGAUGGUCAACCAGAAGGGCGCCUCGGUAAUGUCUCAACUGAGAUUUAUCCUGAUUUGACAUCUAUAGAUCAUGAAAAACUGGCUCUUGUUACGGAAGACACGACUUUCUUUUCGUGUAAUAACGAUACAUUUGAACAUUCAAUCCUCACCGCCCUCGAUACUGAAACCCCGUUAUCUGGUGACACGUUUUCCAACACCAGGUAUAAGCUUUUGUACUCUGAAGCUCAGUAUACAGAUUCGGAGGAGGAAAAUCUUUUAGAAACAACUCAGUCAAAAGAUGAAGAGUAUAUAUCUCCUUUUGGCGCUAUUCCUUUUCCCGCGAACGUUCAGGAAAAUGAUUUCCAAAAACUUGAAGAAGUAAUGAAGGUCAUAAGGAAUUAUGAACAGCCUGAAAGAGGCUGUUCAGAGUCUGGUCCAAAGGGCCCACGAAGACCACCAUCUGAGGAAGAGGCAGUAUCAAAUCAACACAACAUUGCACAAACGAAAAAAAUUUAUGUUGAACAGUCACCAAUCGAGGAUACCUCUGUACCAGUCGAAGAUAAAAGAGUUUUUGAAGAUGAUAGCAGCGGUCAGCCUGAGUUAUUCAUUCCAAUAAAGGUACCUCCCAAUCUUGAGAUUGAAAAUGAAGACCUAGAUCACAAUAUAGAAAAGUCUGUCCAGUCAAUGAACUUCCAGCCCAUUGGCACUGUGGGUGAUAAUUCAAUCAUGGAAAUUCGUGAUCUGUCUGUGAAAAAAGAUUCCUCUACUGAAAUUUCUGUCGGCCCUUUGCCAGAAAGCGAUGCUAAGCAGCAACGCGUCAGUAUGUCACCAUCCAAUGAUCUAACUGCUGAAACUAACAUAUCUAGCGCCAUUGAAGUCUCGACAUACAAUACGCCAGUGCACUCUCCGGUUCCUCGGGUGCUCGUCGCCCCUACUGUACUGAGUGAGCUAAUGAGUAAGGGUGACAAAAAUAGCGAAGUCGAUCUCAAGACUUGUUGGCCUCUCAGUCAAAAUCUCGUUAGGGAAACAUCCAGGGAUAAGUCUCCAUCUCAAACCUGUGAACACAGAGAGAAAGCUCAGUCGGUGGAGAUUCAAGAGAUUUACGACGAUCGAGACAACUCCAUGUGCGGUGCCAUCGACAGUCAACCAGUAGUCAUAUUUCCGGAAAGCGAGAAUGAUCAAUUUUUUAGUUUGUCUACUGCUGAGGAGAUUUCGGUGCAUGAUGAUGAGACUGGAUCAACAUCAUUAGAGGACGGGCUAAAACUCAUUGACGCUUUUGAUGAGGUACUUGUAAAUCAUGAUGAUUACACGGGCAACAAUCUUGGUCACAUAUCAGAAUCUGGAACUGUUGGGAAACUCUCGGCAUCCAGCUCUUCUCUAAAGAGGAAGAUCGCAAGUGAGAACACUGAGGACACUCCUAAUAAAAAAAGAGCUUUGUCACCAAAGUUCGCGAUGCUUUAG